AAAGUUCGGCGUCGUCGUCGAAGCGGACGCCACCAGCAUCACACUACAGGCUAGAUCAAAGUGUUUUCCAUUUUCAUUCGAUUCCUAAUCCGAUACCCUCUCCACCCAGAAAAGACUCUCUCUCACCCGGCACCGGUGCUCACGGUGGAUUCUCACUGACCGUGUGAUUCGCGGCGGUCUCUGCGCGCGCACACACUCGCCAACGUUGUCCCCCGGAGAAUCGCGCGGUUGAUCCAAAAAGGCAGCCCUAGCUGCCAACCAGUGCCAGUGUGCUUUCAGUGUGAUUCAGUGUCUCAACGUCUUCGGCAGCAUCACGCUCUCCAGCUCGGAGAUAGAACGGUUAUCGCUUGAAGAUCGUCUUGAACGGCGGCGGCGAAAAGGACGUCGCUCACAGGAUUCGGUGCAAGUUGGACUGAAGAAAAUUCAAGCAGAAGAGUAUUAAUAAGAAGCGAAAAGGAUAUUUUCCCGCAAGCAACGGCGAUCGGCAGCCCAGUGUGUGAACACUAAUCCUACAGUGUGUAUGAACGGUUUCUAACAUUACGUGAAUGUGUAGUUCAAGUGUUUGGUGAUUAGCCGGAUUUUCCGGGACCAAUCUGAAUACAAAAUCUUAGGGAAGAUCAACGAGAAGAUAUUUCCUGCUAGUGCUAAGGUGUUUGUCCGGAGGCUAUCCGGAUAGCCGAAGUAUUUUCUUCCUGGAUUGUACAGUGAAUAUACGCAGCCAAGUUAGACUGACAUACACACACAAAGCGGUACGGGAAAUAUGGUUAAGUUCUUUGCCAUAAUUGGCGUUCUGGCUCUAGUGGCUUCUGCCACGGCCACCGGGCGGACGAAGCGACAGACGACAGACGAGCCCAAGAAAGAAGAGUCAUUCGAGAAAGAGCUUUGCAAGGACAAAGAUGCCGGUGAAUGGUUCCGAUUGGUUGCGGGAGAGGGCGAUAACUGCCGUGACGUCAUCCAGUGCACAUCGUCGGGCCUGCAAGCUAUCCGAUGCCCGGCCGGUCUGUACUUCGACAUCGAGAAGCAGACUUGUGACUGGAAGGACGCCGUCAAGAACUGCAAGAACAAAAAUCGCGAACGAAAGGUCAAGCCUCUGCUGAUCACCGACGAGCCACUUUGUCAAGAUGGAUUCCUUGCCUGCGGCGAUGGCAACUGCAUCGAGCGUGGUCUGUUCUGUAACGGAGAGAAAGACUGUACCGAUGGUUCGGACGAGAACUCGUGCGAUAUCGAAAGCGAUCCCAACCGUGCGCCACCCUGCGAUCCGGCCGUGUGCGUCCUGCCCGAUUGCUUCUGCUCCGAGGACGGUACCACCAUUCCCGGCGACCUGCCGGCCAAGGACGUCCCGAUGAUGAUCACCAUCACCUUCGACGAUGCCAUCAACAACAACAACAUCGACUUGUACAAGGAGAUCUUCAACGGCAAGCGCAAGAACCCGAACGGUUGCGACAUCAAGGCAUCGUACUUCAUCUCGCACAAGUACACCAACUAUUCGGCCGUGGCUGAGACGCACCGCAAGGGGCACGAAAUUGCCGUGCACUCGAUCACCCACAAUGAUGACGAACGCUUCUGGUCUAACGCCACUGUUGACGACUGGGCCAAGGAAAUGGCCGGUAUGCGUAUCAUCAUCGAAAAGUUCGCCAACUUGACGGACAACUCGGUUGUCGGAGUCCGUGCACCAUACCUGCGUGUCGGUGGCAACAAUCAAUUCACCAUGAUGGAAGAGCAAGCCUUCUUAUACGAUUCCACCAUCACCGCGCCCCUCUCCAACCCCCCACUAUGGCCGUACACAAUGUAUUUCCGGAUGCCUCAUCGCUGCCACGGUAACCUGCAGAGCUGCCCAACCCGCUCGCACGCUGUCUGGGAAAUGGUAAUGAAUGAACUGGAUCGCCGAGAGGACCCCAACAACGAUGAAUACCUGCCCGGUUGCGCAAUGGUCGACUCGUGCUCCAACAUUCUGACCGGUGAUCAGUUCUACAAUUUCCUGAACCACAAUUUCGACCGUCACUACGAACAAAACCGUGCCCCACUGGGACUGUACUUCCACGCUGCCUGGUUGAAGAACAACCCUGAAUUCCUUGAUGCCUUCGUAUACUGGAUCGAUGAAGUGCUCUCCAACCACAAUGACGUGUACUUUGUCACCAUGACUCAAGUUAUCCAGUGGAUCCAAAACCCACGUACCGUAUCUGAAGUCAAGAACUUCGAACCAUGGAGGGAGAAGUGCUCCGUCGAAGGCAGGCCAGCCUGUUGGGUACCAAGCUCGUGCAAACUGACCUCCAAGGAAGUUCCCGGGGAAACCAUCAAUCUGCAAACUUGCGUACGUUGCCCUAACAACUACCCAUGGGUCAACGAUCCAACUGGCGAUGGUUUCUUCUAAGCUCAGCCUUAAAUACUCAUGAGUGGUUUAUUCCAUCUUAGAAAAUUUCUAGCUCACCUUUUUACACUCUGCUUUGAACUACUUUAACUAUAAAUUUAGCUGUUUUAUCUAUCAUCUAACUCCUCGUACUUUCAAGAUCCUUACAUUUCUUGAAUGAAACAAAAAAAGACUUGAUACUAUAGAACCCUCACCUAACCAUCCGUGAAGGGAGGUUCUGCAAAUUGUUCGAGCAGAAAGGUAAGAAAUGAAAUCAAUGAAUCGCGCGAUAUAACAUCAUCAUCAUUGAGUGAACACGAAUGGCCCAGGGCAACUUCCCCACGAGAAAUCCCUCUCAAAACAAUCUCUCUCGAAAGCUACAUCCAUCAAUACAAAACCAACAUCUUCUCGUGACCGGGGAAUGUUCAUCUAAUUAUAUCGAGACUUUGAGAGAAAAGAAAAACAUGCUGUGGAUAUUUUUGUGUCGUUUUUAAUUUAAUUUAAUUAUGAAAACAAAUGAAAACAAAAAUAAUCUUUAUGUAAUUGAAGUGAAUUGAAAUGUUUAUAUAUUUUAAACGCAUAAUUAUGAUUUAAAAAGACAUUUUAACUUUAAUUGCUGCCCUGUUCUUCUCCAAGCUAUACAUUUUUUAUAUUUGUGUAAAAUGUAAAUACUGUUCAACUGCAUAAUUUUAAGUGAUCUUACUCGAUAAUACAAACGUGGCAGAAGACAAACAACAAAACUCACUUUUUAUUAGCACUUUGACUGCAAUACGUUAGGGUUGUAAUUUUAAGUGUUCUGCCCAAGUUUUUUACGAAUUAUUCCUUUUCCAAAUUGUGCAUAAAUUAUGAAAGUAGGAUUUUACAAAAAAAAAUCUGGAUUUAUGAAAAUUAAAUUUUAACCGAAAAUGUACACGUUUUGACAGCCCCAAAAAUAGGGAGCUUUUACUCAUCGUAAUUAGUAAUAAAUUAAAAGUUUAAUAAACACGAA